AUGGAUCCUUCAAAGCUCAACUCCCCGGAAUUACAACAAUUUCUUUCGCAAGAGAAGGAGAGGGCCAUGGCUAAUGAAGUAAUUGCAAAACUUACAAGCAUCUGUUGGGACAAAUGCAUUACCAGCACUCCUGGAAGCAAGUUUAGCUCCAGUGAAACAGCUUGUCUGACUAACUGUGCACAACGCUACAUGGAUAUCACUAUGAUGAUCAUGAAGCGCUUUCAAAAUAUGCCCUAG